AUGUUUUGGAUAACUUUAUUUAUUUCAUUUUUAAUUACUUUAGUUUCAUUAAUUUAUUUGUUUAUCAAAAAGAAGUUUUCAUUUUUUAAUGAUCAAGGAAUUCCACACAUCAAACCUAAAUUUCCAUUUGGGAAUUUGCAAGGAAUUGGCUCUAAGUAUCAUUUAAGUGAAAUAACUCGGCAAGUUUAUGAAAAAUAUAAAAAUGAAGCAAAAGUUGUUGGAUUUUAUAAUUUUGUUCAGCCUAUAUAUCUUGUCACUGACACUGAGACCGUUAAAGUUAUAGCUAUCAAAGAAUUUAAUAAUUUUGUUAAUCGAGGAUUUUUCGUAAAUGAAGAAAAUGAACCUCUAUCAGGUCAUAUAUUUGCACUUGAGGAUGAUCGUUGGCGGUUUAUUCGAAACAAAUUAAGCCCUGCAUUUACGUCAGGAAAACUAAAGCUUAUGUUCAAUACGAUCAGCAAAUUAGGAGAUAAAUUCGUUGCAAAAGUCGAAGAAAAAUCUAAGACUUCCGAUUUUAAUUUUAAGGAUGUAGCUUCAAGAUUUACUGUUGAUAUCAUUAGCACUGUUGCUUUUGGAAUGGAUUCAAAUACUUUAAAUUAUGAGCAUCAAGAGUUGAUUGAUGUGUUUAGUGAAUUUACUGGUCCUCCAAAUAGUCGAAAAAUUUUUGCAUUUUUCUUUAUGAUGGCUUUUCCUAAAAUUGCAAGAAUUUUAAAGCUGCGUCAAUUCAGUAAAAAAGUUUCUGACUUUUUCACUAUUGUCGUUGGCGGUAAUAUUAAGUAUCGUGAGGAUAACAAUGAUAAUCGAAAUGAUUUCCUGAAUAUGUUGAUCCAAUUAAAAAACAAAGGAUCAAUUGAUGGAGAAAUUUCAACAGAAACUAAGAAAUUGACUCUUAAUGAAAUUUUAGCACAAGCAUUAUUAUUUUUCUUAGCGGGUUCUGACUCCUCUAGCACCACAUUAUGCUUUGCAUUGACAGAACUAGCUUUCAAUCAAGAUGUUCAAGAAAAAUUAAGAACUGAAAUUUUAAAAAAGACAAAAGCCACAAAUGGAGAAAUAACUUAUGAAAUUCUUCAUGAAUUGACCUACUUGAAUCAAGUUAUUGAUGAAACACUACGAAUGUACACACAAGGCGUGAUGAUUUUACGAAAAGCAAAAGAAGACUUUCAAGUUCCAGACUCAAAUAUUACUAUCAAAAAAGGAUCAAACGUUUGGAUUCCUACAUUGUCUUUCCAUUUUGAUGAGCAAUUUUGGGAAAAUCCAACAAAGUUUGAUCCGGAAAGAUUUACACAAGAGGAAAUAGAUAAGAGACCUCCUUUCUGUUAUUUUCCGUUUGGCGAAGGACCUAGAAAUUGCAUCGGAAUGAGGCAAGAAUUUGGCCUUUUGAAUGUCAAGUAUGGAGUUGCAACGAUCAUCAAGAAUUUCAAAGUCACAGCAGAUGAUCGAAUGACACAUCCAAUAAAAUUGAACCCAAGAGUUCCGCAUCUAGAACCGAAAGAUGGUUUUUGGUUGAACUUUGAAGGAAUUUGAGAAAAUUUUUGAGACUUGUUAAUCUUUGCAAAAUAAGUUUUUACAUUGACUUCACACUUUUAAGUCCACAUGACUCAUAACCGAUAUUCUCAAAUAAAAAUAAAAGUAAUCUUCAGCAUUAAGAUUAUUUUUGACUCAUACACAAACAA